CUUAAAUAUUUUACGCAUUUUUAACCAUAAACAUCUGUUUCGUCGUCACACAUUUACGGAUAUUUACAGUACGCUGCGUAAGUAUUUUUACGUUUGCGAAAUUAACAGCGUCAAGCAGAGUGUUCAAUCAACAGUGCAGGCAGUUAUUGCGUGAAACCUCAAAUUAAACAUUACGCGUUAUAUUCUAAGUAAUCAUAAACUGUCUUGCUACUGGCGUAAGACAUGGAGGACGAUGCACCAGUCAUAUACGGCCUCGAAUUUCAGGCUCGUGCACUUACCUCCCAGACAGCUGAAUCCGAUGCUAUCCGCUUCCUUGUGGGCACCCAGUCCCUCAAAUUUGAUAACCAGAUCCACAUCAUUGACUUUGAUGAUGAGAAUAACAUCAUUAGUAAGAGCGUCCUGCAGCACGAGGCGGGGGAGAUUUGGCACAUCAGCGCCAGUCCUGCAGAUAAAGCCGUGCUGACGACCUGCUACAACAUAACCAGUGAGAGUCGUGUGGUGACAUCCAGUGCAGUAUGGAGGAUGCCUCCAGAGUGGGAGUCAGGAAGUCACGAGUCCCCAGACGACCCACACAACUCACACAACCCACAAAGCCUGGAUCUCCUCUGUCACCUUGACAACAGUGCCCAUGGCAAUGCCUCCUGUGUCCUGUGGGAGCCCAUGGGAGAUGGGAAGCGUGUGAUCUCUCUGGCUGAUAACCAUGCUCUGCUCUGGGACCUUACGGAGAGCUCCACCCAGGCCACGAUCUCCAGCAGCGCCACCCUAGAGGGUAAAGGUCAACUGAAGUUCACAUCCGGGAAGUGGAGUCCGCAUCAUAACUGCACCCAGCUAGCAACAGCCAACGACACAGCUAUCAGAGGUUGGGACCUCCGCACAAUGAAACAGAUCUACUGUAUAGAGAAUGCACACGGGCAGUUGGUGAGAGACCUGGACUUCAAUCCCAACAAGCAGUACUACCUGGCCAGCUGUGGGGACGACUGCAAGGUCAAAUUCUGGGACGUGAGAAACAUCAGUGAGCCAGUGAAGACCCUGGAGGAGCACUCCCACUGGGUGUGGAGUGUGCGCUACAACCACUCUCACGAUCAGCUGGUCCUGACCGGCAGCAGUGACAGCAGGGUGAUUCUGUCCAACAUGGUGUCCAUCUCCUCCGAGCCCUUUGGUCACCUGGUGGACGACGAUGACCUCAGCGACGGAGAGGACAACCACAAUGAUGAAAAGACUAAGGAGCCCCUGCAGGACAGCAUCAUCUCGAUGUAUGAGGAGCACGAGGACAGUGUGUAUGCAAUCGAGUGGUCCUCAGCAGACCCAUGGCUCUUUGCCUCUCUCAGCUAUGACGGCCGCCUGGUCAUCAACCGGGUCCCCCGCGCACUCAAGUACCGUAUCCUGCUCUAGACAGCACCGAGGACUGGAGCACAGAGAGAGGGAGACAGCUGAGGUACAAGAGGAGAAGCCAACAGAGGCCGGGCUGAGAGGAGCACAACCAGACCCUGAAUUCGGUUCAGUUGAGCAGACUUUAUUGACUUUAUAGAGUAACAGCAGUGACACCAAUCACACUCUGGAUCUCUAUCUCACUUUCUCUGUCUUUCUCUCCAUAUCUCUAUGUACAUAGAUGUAAAUCAAAUGUUCUCUUUCUCUUCCUCUACCUCUUUAUGAGAAAAAGGAUGAAGCUAGACAUUCCUUUGCCCUUUUGGUGACUGUAUGCUUGCUUGGACAUUAAAGAAAAAAUGCCAUGUAUCUGUUCUGCAUAGCUAAUGUCUGUUCAAAUCUUUGUCUCAGGAUGUUAACAGAUUUUGAUUAUUGUUAUGACCCAACAUAUAUUUUACCAAGAUUCAAUAUUUCAACUAUUUAGAUUUUCUGCACGGUAUCGAGUAAAAAAAUUCACUUUUCCAUUUCACUGGGAGUCUUAUUAGUAGGAGAUAUUCAACUCCUCUCCUGAAGGGCUGAAACACAUCUGCCUUUGACCCCCUCUAUGUAAGGGAAUAAUUGGGUGAGGGACCUAGGUGAGGACAAUUGGACCGGGGUGAGGGUAAAUAGACUGGGGUGAGGGUAAAUAGACUGGGGUGAGGGACCUAGGUGAGGGUAAUUAGACCGGGGUGAGGGACCUAGGUGAGGGUAAUUAGACCGGGGUAAGGGACCUAGGUGAGGGUAAUUAGCCCGGGGUGAGGGACCUAGGUGAGGGUAAAUAGACUGGGGUGAGGGACCUAGGUGAGGGUAAUUAGACCGGGGUAAGGGACCUAGGUGAGGGUGAUUAGCCCGGGGUGAGGGACCUAGGUGAGGGUAAAUAGACUGGGGUGAGGGUAAAUAGACUGGGGUGAGGGACCUAGGUGAGGGUAAUUAGACCGGGGUAAGGGACCUAGGGUGAGGGUAAUUAGCCCGGGGUGAGGGCAAUUAGACUGGGGUGAGGGACCUAGGUGAGGGUAAUUAGACCGGGGUGAGGGACCUAGUGAGGGUAAUUAGACUGGGGUGAGGGACCUAGGUGAGGGUAAUUAGACCGGGGUGAGGGACCUAGGUGAGGGUAAUUAGCCUGGGGUGAGGGCAAUUAGACUGGGGUGAGGGACCUAGGUGAGGGUAAUUAGACCGGGGUGAGGGACCUAGUGAGGGUAAUUAGACUGGGGUGAGGGACCUAGGUGAGGGUAAUUAGACCGGGGUGAGGGACCUAGGUGAGGGUAAUUAGCCUGGGGUGAGGGCAAUUAGACUGGGGUGAGGGACCUAGGUGAGGGUAAUUAGACCGGGGUGAGGGUAAAUAGACUGGGGUGAGGGACCUAGGUGAGGGUAAUUAGACCGGGGUGAGUGAACUCGGUGCAGGUAAUUAGACUGGGGUGAGGGACCUAGGUGAGGGCAAUUAACCAGCAGGUAGAAACAAAAACAGAAGAAUUUCAGCCAUCCAGGAUCGGAGUUGAAAAGCCCUGCCAUAGGUAGUCAGACAUCCCUUAUGCAGGUUGGGGUAGCUCUGAAGGAAGAUCUGCCCCAAAGGCAGAAAUGAUGUUAUUUGUUGACUCAAUGCUAAGGGCAGAGCUGGCAUUUCUAACAGGCUGCAUGCUCAGAGAGGACUUUUGACCAGGGUUAGUCACAGUUGAGAUAUAAGUUGGGACAUACCCACAUAAUUCUGUCAAUCAAUCACAUUAUUUCUGUCUGUGAGCCAGCUUACCCCACCUAUGGUUUGGACGGCUGUGUUAGUUUGUGGUGUGCAUGUCGGUGUUGCUAUUCUGCUAGCUACUUUAUUGUUUGGGAUGGAGGUGUCAGUGAGUGAUGUGUGUGGGUGUGUGUUUCUUGAAGUUAUAGUUUGUCAUGUAUAAAUGAUGAGAGUUAAUUAGAUGUAGUCUAUUUAAAAAGACCUGGUAUAAAAAAUAAAUUAUCUGAAAAUAACAGUCA